CAGGUGUGUAAGGAGUACUGAUAGUCUAGCGAAUCAGCUAGCCAACCGCACGCCUAGUUUAUCAACACGGCCGCGACCGUGCAACAUACAUACUUAAGUAUCCACUCAAGAUGGAGCUCACGAGCUUGAAGGACCAAAUAUACCAACAUUUUCUGAAGCACCACUACCAGCCAUGGAACCACUACUCAUUCUAUAUCGUCUUACCUUCCUUGCGGCACUCGCAGAAAUCACCUCUGGCCUGCCGCGAGACGCCAGCGGAGGUCCAGGCCGCCAGCAGGUCCCUGUCAGCCAGCAUACGCGAGCUGUUCAGGGGCCUCCAAUCCCUCCAAUUCUACAUCGACUGGCAGCAACGAAGAGAGAAAGGACGCAACCCGCUGAUUGACCCGGAUGGCCUGCACCUAACCAUCCACAUACCCGCACAGGACAUCUCGACCCCCUAUGAGGAGUCCCUCCCAUGCCCGCACCGGAUAUACCCCUCGCACCGCCUCCACCUCAUCCCAAGCAUCACGGCCACGCUGCCACACAUACCAUGGAUCACCAAGCUCACCAUAGACCAGGUGAUCACGUACGACGACGAGGCGAGCACGCACUUCGCCGGGGCCCGGCCCCUCUCCCUCCGCACACCCCUGGAGCUCGCGGCGCGCCUCCCCGCCCUGCAGGAGCUGACCUGCCCCUGGCUCUGGGAGCGCCUCCCCACCGCCUUCGCAGCGGGCCCCGAGCCGGACACGCGGGCGCUCCCGCCCCCGAUGGCCCACUACGCCCGCGUGUGGGAAGGGCCGUGGCGCGAGUCGCGCCACGAGCUGGGCAGCCCGGCGUCCGCGGCGCUGGCCGCGGCGCUGCCGGCGCCGCUCAGGACGGCGCGCCUGUGGUUCUGGCGGGCCGACGGCCUCCCGGACCACGACCAGGCCGCGCGGCUGCCGGACCUCGUGCGCCCUGCCGCGGUGGAUCCCCUCUCGGCCGGCGUGCGGCACCUCGCGGCGCGGCUCGAGGUGCUGGACCUGCGCGCGUUUGUGAUGCCGGAUCUGUUCUCUGCCAGUGCUGGCCACGCCCCGUGGUCGGGCGGCAUGAGGCGCCUGCGCGUCGAGUUCCACCCCUUCAGGCCCGAUGGGAGCUGGUAUUUCGUCGGGCCGCGCGGGGAGGACCCGCAUCCUGGAGGUUUCGCGGUCGGGGAGGAGCACUACCCGCCUGCUGUGCGGACGAGGGAGGAUGAGGAGGUUGAUGAGGACUAUGGGGAGGACCAGGCUGGGCAUGGUAGAGGGUAUGAGCACGAUGCCCGCAGCUACGACCUUUUUCAGGUCGAGCCGUCGGCUGAGAGGGUCGAGCCGCUCCUGGAGGCGUUUGGGGAGGCACUGGGAGGUAUGCCUAGCCUGGAGGAGGCGGAGCUGUUUGCAUGGCUCACCUGGCAGCCGUCGGAUGAGAGAGAGCGAGAGUACGGGGGCGAUGGCUCAGGCGAUGAGUCUUUUCGUAGCUGGAGGUGGGGGAUCAGAUAUGUUUCUGCAAAGGAUGGCAUGAAGGGGCGGGUGGAGUGGCAGGUUGGGGAUUGGAGACCGCGAGAGGAGAUUGUCAAGUUGUUUGAGUCCCUGGGAGGUGGUGACGGGGUUGAGGUCGAAUGGAAACCCUUGGAGAAGCAUCAUGGUAGGGCAACUUGGAAAGAUGAUGAAUCGUGGUAGGUUCUCAAAGCUGUGAUGAAGCUGGAUCUACUGCUCAAAGGA